GUUUUUUUUGUUUUUUUGUUGUUGAUGGGCUUAAGGCAUAACGCGCUGUAGUGUUUGCCCUGGAUUUUGCACCUUGAUCGUUUAACUCAGUGCAGAAGUUCCUGUCACGCAGCAGAAUUUGAAACUGCCGCUUAUCCAGUGCUCCGGAGCCGAAUACACGAACCAGGCUUGCGUUGAUCUACCAAUAUUGUAUUUUUAACUGCGGGCUUCUAGCUACUCGCGCUGGGCAGGGUCGGAUACGUUUUUGGCUGUUUGCCGUCUGCGAUCUGCCAGCGUUGAUUUCAGCGUUGAAUGCAGGAAGGCUCUUUAUCUGCGGAGCUCCUGGCUUUUGAACGUCGAGUCGGUCCACAGGGGACGCGGCGCGAAAAACACUGUUGAUCUCAUCAAAGCCUGGAGCUGCUAUUAAUGCUGACCCGCACCCAGGCUGGCUUGGGAAUACUCUUAUAUUACUCUAAUGGCAUACUUGAUAACAAUCGUUAGUACACGAAUCCAGCGAUGACGUCAUAUCUAGACGAGCUGAUCGGCCAGUCUGACUGGGUUCUUGGAAGGUGGAAGUGAACCUUGCCAAGAUUAUGUAUGUCAUUGCUGUCUUUUCAGGAAAUCAAGGCACGUUUUCAUGACAUUGGUUUUCGUUGCAUGGUGACUAGAGUAAACUUGAAUCACUGAGCCGCGAGACACUGUACACAAAAGAUGCCGAUUUAUGGACGGGAAUUAAAAACGAAGGCUCGGAUCUCCUACCUGAGGGUGAAGUACCUGUUCUUCACCUGGCUGGCGGUGUUCGUGGGCAGCUGGGUGGUGUACGUGCAGUACUCGUCCUACAUGGAGCUGUGCCGCGGUCACCAGUGCAAGAGCACCAUCUGUGAUAAAUACAGGAAGGGAGUGAUCGAUGGCUCGGCCUGCAGCAGCCUGUGUGAGAAGGACACGCUGUACCUGGGGAAGUGCCUGUCCACCAAACCUAACAACCAGGUGUACACGGGCAGCUGGGGGGACCUGGAGGGCGUGGUCAAGUGCCAGAUGGGGGACGUGCUGCACUACGAGCUGGGGGCGGAGAUGGAGCCCAGGAAGGAGGCGGCGCUCUUCGACAAGCCCACCAAGGGCACCUCCGUGGAGAAGUUCAAGGAGAUGGUCUUCAGCCACCUGAAGGCGAAGGUGGGCGAGCAGGCUAACCUGCUGGACCUGGCAUCCUUGGUGCUGUCGGUCGCCGACGGCAACAAGGACGGCCACAUCUCGUUGCCGGAGGCCAAGUCGGCCUGGGCCCUGCUGCAGCUCAACGAGGUCCUGCUGAUGAUCAUCCUGCAGGACAAGGAGCACACGCCCAAGCUGCUGGGCUUCUGCGGGGACCUGUACGUGACGGAGAAGGUGCAGUACACCUCCCUGUACGGCAUGAGCCUGCCCUGGCUGCUGGAGCUGUGGAUCCCGUCCGGCCUGCGCCGCAGCAUGGACCAGUGGUUCACGCCGUCCUGGCCGCGCAAGGCCAAGAUCUCCAUCGGCCUGCUGGAGUUCGUGGAGGACGUCUUCCACGGCACCUUCGGCAACUUCCUCAUGUGCGACGUGAGCGCCGCCAACUUCGGCUACAACGACAAGCACGACCUGAAGAUGGUGGACAUGCGGCGCAUCGUCCCCGAGGCCAGCCUGCGGGAGGCCAUGCGGGACCGCCGCUGCGGCGAGGACGGGGACUGCGUGUUCGGCGCCGACUGCCGCACCUCCUGCGACCUCACCAAGAGGCGCUGCACCCCCGAGGUGGUCCAGCCCAACCUGGCCAAGGCCUGCCUGGCCCUGAAGGACUACCUCCUGCGGGGGGCGCCGUCGGAGAUCCGCGAGGAGCUGGAGAAGCAGCUGUACUCCUGCAUGGCCCUCAAGGGCACCAGCGACCAGAUGGAGAUGGAGCACUCGCUUAUCCUGAACAACUUGAAAACUCUGCUGUGGAAGAAGAUCUCCUACACGAAGGACUCCUAAUGAAGGCCGCUGGACGGGUACUGUCGCUCCCUCCCCCCUGACCUCCUUAGGCCUUUCUGGAAAUAUUGGAGGAAAAGCCAACAUACUGGUGAAAAAAAACUACAAUCAUGGUUGGGGGGGACAACAAAAAAAAAAUGCAUUGGCAUUAUUUUGUUUCUUCGUUGUUUGUGUACCGUGUACAUUUUUCAUUAAGGAUUUUACGUCUGCCAUCUUCUUUUGUUAGUUUUUUUUUUAGAUUGUGCCAUAAAAAAGCGAUUUUGGCUCCAAGUGGGUGUGAUUUGGGGAGAGAAGAAAAGGGGUGCCUUCGAGACAGCACAAAACGAUUCUCCUGCAUCCGCUGCACCGUAAUCGAAGGAACGUGGUUUUUCCCCACUUCUGAAGGAAGUGUAUUUGUUCAUUGCAGCAUUUUGGCGCUGCUGCCUCAUUGGUUAGUCUCUCUGUUAAUGCGAGUACAACGUUCCCGUAACGUUUUCGUUAAUUUUUAAUCGAGGAACCACUAUGUAGUACACUCUGUGCUCAAGGCCACUGCUGCUGUAUGAGAAUGAAUUGUAACAAUCCAGAAAAUUAUGUUUACCUUGAAAUUUUGAAGUAGCAUGAUGAAUUUGCACAUUAAAUGAUGUACAACACAA